UCCGCCUGUCCAACCGCGCCACCACCUCAAAACUGGAUGCUCGACCAAGUAUCGAGAGCCCUGCUGUCAUCGACAACCAUCGCAGAGCCAGCUAUAAAGGAACCACGGCCAUCGCCCGCGUUUUGUGGGCUUGGUGGCUGUGCCACAACACACACCAGUAACCCACUUCUGUUCAUCAUGCAGGUUUGUGAACCAGACUGCUUCUAUACUAAGAGAACUAGCAAUUACUUCUUGGUGCAGCUUCCGAGCCCGCAAUGCUGCUUUGAUAUUGCUUGUGAGUGUCUUAGUGUAAUUAGAUGUAUUUUGUUACAGUCGGGGGAUACUGAAACGAACCCUGGUCCUGAUACUGAUGCUGUGCUUGCCGAACUGAAAAAACUGUCCGCGGGCCAAACCACAAUAAUAGCCGAAAUGCAGGGCCUUAAAAGCCAAUGCACGGCUACAAGUGCUGCACUCGCCAACUUAAGCAAGAGGUUAGCGGAUCUAGAGGGUCAUUACCAGAAACUACUACCAAUGCAAAUCGAGAUACAGACUAUACGGGCGGAUACCGAGCAAACAGCAAGACUUGUUCACGCUCUGAAUGCCCGCGUUGACGAUGCAGAGAAUCGCUCAAGGCGAAACAAUCUUGUGUUUUACGGCCUUCCUGACACAGCAGCAUCAGAAACGUCGGCCGCGUCUGAAGAAAAAAUUUUACGUCUAUGCUCAGACCACCUGAACGUGCCACUUGAACCUCAAGAUAUAGAGCGAGCGCAUCGUGUUGGUCGCUAUUCUGCUAAUCGCCCGCGUCCACUAAUUGUUAGGUUUAAUCAUUAUAAGAAAAAAGAAAUGGUGCUCUCAAAUGGGCGCAAACUUAAGGGCACUGACCUCAGCAUGGGUGAAGAUUUCUCCCCAGCGGUUAGGAACGCCCGCAAGCAACUUGUUUCCUUUGCGAAAGCCAAAUCUGUGCCAUUUUCUUUGCGCUUUAAAACUCUUCUAAUUGGUUCUAAGCGCUACGUGUUUGAUGACGCAUCGCAAACAGUGAAAGAAAUAUAG